ACAUGCAUCUUUCUGCUUUCCCCUCAACUAUGGAGCACAGGUGAACAGACGGUUAACUAUCACCUUAUACCUCUCUGCAAGGCUGCCUGUGAGUUAUUCCAUCCAUUUGACUCUGAUUAAUGUUCCUACUGCUGCUUUAGUACGUACAAAAAACUCAAAAGACAGUGCUUGUUGACAUUUAAUGGAAGCGCAGGAAGUGCAGGUACCAUGGUGAUGCUGAAUCAUCUGAAUCGUGUCGAAGACCCAGAUGACUGUUCUCCUCUGCUGCCUGUGGCUGCAGAGGCUGCAGUACCAACACCUCUCACUCACAGACAACAAGUGGUCGCAAAGACAGACUCCAGGGGAUUUUUCCUGUGCAGGUGCAGCUCUGCAGGUAUUUGUAUCAUGUGUCUGUUAUUAAAAAGCUACUUAUGUGAUCUUUUCUCUCUGCUGUACAGGAGAGAGAACCUCACCUUUAGUGUGGUGAUGCUGAUUGGAUGCUACUCAGCUAUUCUGAUUCCAGCAUAUUUCCCCUUGAAUAAAUCGUCAGCUCUCAGCGAUGACUACCAACAUCCCACAGAUCUGGCUAUGCUAAACCGGUCAGCCUCUGUGCUGUCAGGCCCCUGUCAACCUCACUGGUGUCUAAAUCACCUCAAGCCUCUGUCCAGCUCUGCAGGCCUCCAGGACAUUCCUGUUUUUGUGCAGCACGACAGGACCUUGCCCUGGGAUCUGUCCCCUCCUCUGGGGCUCCAGGGUAGUGAAGAGCAUCUUGCCCUGGCUCUUGCCUCUCUGCCUCAGCCUGGCCUGCCUCCAUCACUGAGGAGUGAGGGCAGCUGCAAGCGAUGUGUGGUGGUGGGCAACGGAGGGAUUCUUCAUGGGAGCCAUCUUGGAUCCCAUAUAGAUCGUUAUGACAUCAUUAUCAGGCUGAAUAAUGCUCCAGUGUCUGGCUUUGAAAGAGAUGCAGGUUCCCGCACCACAAUCCGCCUGAUGUAUCCAGAGGGAGCACCCCACUCUGCAAAUGAGUACAAAAACACCACUAUGGUUGCUCUGGUGGUCUUUAAGAGCCUGGAUCUGGACUGGCUCACUUCUGUCAUCACCAAACAACCUCUGAGUUUCUGGUCCAAAUUGUGGUUCUGGAGGGAGGUGGUGGAUGAUAUUCCCUUGAGACCAGAGAACUUCAGGAUCAUCCACCCAGAGAUUAUUCACAAGACUGGACAAGUCAUUCAGAAAUAUGCUCUGAAAAAGGGAAAUAUGGUGCCGACGCUAGGUGCCAGUGCUGUGGUGAUGGCUUUGCAGCUGUGUGACCAGGUGACCCUGGCAGGGUUUGGCUAUGAUAUGGGGCAUCCAUACGCUAGACUUCACUACUAUGAGACCAUACACAUGGAUGCUAUGAAGGCUCAAGUGGUGCAUGACAUCAGUGCCGAGAAACUCUUCUUGAAAGAUCUGGUGGCUGCAGGAGCUGUGACUGACAUCACAGGAGCGCUAUGAUUCACAAGGACAGAGUCUGAUAAUGCAAUGAACUCUACAUGCACUCCUUCCUCUCAUUGUGAGAGGUUUCCAUAAAUGUACAGCCUAACCUAUAGAUAACUCUCUUUUGAAUUUGGUGAAUAGCUGUUACAAGGAUAGUAAUUGUCAGAUGAGUGAAUAAUUAUACCAUCACAUAUAGACACACACUCUGUGACUGGCUGCAUUUAGUGAAAUGGAUGCAAUGGUCAGUGGUUCAAAGAGUAGUAUUUGAAUUCUGUGUUUACAGUGGUUCAAUAAACAAAUGAAUGUGA